UCCUUGGUUGUGCUGAGUUACAGUUGUCCUAGGGUGAAAACAUUGAUGCUGCUAAAUCAGAAGUGCCCUCAGCAGGUCUUAUGUGGCAGAUACUGUUGGCUCUUGUUGAGUGAGAAUCAGGUAAACUUUGCACUCCAUUUAGUUUUGAUUUCUAAUGCUGAGAUGCCAUAUGAUCCUGUGAACAUUUGGCAAAUUUGGAAAACCCGUAUUUCAACAGCCUUCUACUAGGAAAGAUGGCCAUGUUAAUCUAGUAGUGAGAAUGUUUAGGUUCCUGUGAGGUUACUUUCACUCUGAUAAUGCAAAACCCUGAUAGCAUUUAAUAUCAGUGCUUCUUCAUAAAACUCAUUGUCCAUACCAAUGAGUUUUUUAAAAAGAACUGAUGUUUUAAAAAAGAAAAUAAUAGAAUCCUUCUGUCUUCUUAAAAGGGCUACUGUGACAGCCACCCAGGCCCUAUUUCUUUCUCCUUAUAUCCCUCCUUUUGUUGUUUACCUAUGGAAAUUGGCCCCAGAGAAGGCAUGUGUUUCUAUUUAGAGGCAAAGCCUAUGACUAAUUGAUUCAUUUGAGGGUGAAACUUGCAACUCUUAAUAAGUAUCAUCCUCUAACCUACUGAGUUAAAGGCAACAGAACAGCCACUCUCCAAGUGCUUUUAAACUCUUGCCCUCAUUCCAAAGCCCGACUCAUUCUCUAAUUUUGUUAAGCAUGUGGUAUGACUGUGAUAAGGAAGAAAAAGAAAAGCAUGUUGUCACUUGAGUGAGACUGCCUUAGAAAUGCUACCAAGUCAGGGUUGGGUGUUUCCUGUUUCUUUGGAAAAGAACAGGCCUAAACAGUAUCUUCCUCAUCCUGUAGCUACGAGGAAGGCACCGUGCUUGAGAUUAGGGAUGCUUUUUUAGCUGGUGUUUAAUCAGUGUAAAUUAAACAAACUUUAAAUACAUAGCAAAAGGAUGGGAGUAAAAAAGCUAUAUUUUUAAAGGACUUGUUUCACAUAAACAUUGUUUCUUGAACAAAAUGUGAACUUACCUAGAGAAUGAAAUUUGAAUGUCAGUGGGGAAAACAGCUGUAGAAUCAAACACCUGUAUUUAAAUUUUGAGCCUAGUAUUUGGAUUUUGUGCAAAUUAUUUAAUGUGUUUAAGCCUCAAUUUCUUAUGUAAGAUGGGAGAAAUAAUACUUAUCUCAGAAUUAUUCUAAAGAUCAAAUAAAGGCUUUAGUACAGUGUCUGGCCCAUGAUAGUGCUUAAUAAAUGGCAGCUAUAUCAAUAAUAAUAAUGAAUACCAGGCCAAGAAAAGAAAAGGGACAUGGGGAGCACAAGGAGGGUGAUAAUAAAAUGAACUGAUAUGUGUGUAUAUAAAAUAGAUUACAUUAGCCAGGGGUGUCAUGAGGAUUAGUGUGAUAGUGACCUUGUUGCUAAGUGCAAAAGCAAAACAAUGACAUAAAAAACAAGUGCACUAGGCACUCAGUGGUGGAGAGAGAUGGAGGCAGACGCUGCAGGAAAAAAAGAUUAAAUAGGGGCCUUUGAUUCCACAGGCACAAAAAUCCACAGCCAGGAAUUUGCUGCCACCUCUGAGUCAGGCGGGUGGGGGUGGGGUGCACAAUUCCAUUAGGAGAGAAUGCCCAGUGGAUUAGUCUGGGAGUCACAUUUCUUAUUUGGACCAGUGUAGACACAAGCAAACCUAGCUCGCUUGUUUCCUUGGACAGUUGAGUUAGGGGAUGGCUUUCACAGAGCAUCCACUGCUGACCCCUCACCGCCGGGACCUCUGUAGCCGCUCUAUCUGGCUAGCAAGGAAGAUUCGUUCAGACCUGACUGCUCUUACGGAAUCUUACGCGAAGCAUCAGGGCCUGAACGAGAACAUCAACCUGGACUCGGUGGAUGGGGUGCCGGUGGCCAGCACAGAUCGGUGGGGUGAGCUGACGGAGGCAGAGCGGCUCCAAGAGAACCUCCAAGCUUACCGCACCUUCCAUGUCAUGUUGACCAGGCUCCUAGAAGACCAGCGGGUGCAUUUCACUCCAGCUGAAGGUGACUUCCAUCAAGCAAUACAUACCCUUCUACUGCAAGUUGCUGCCUUUGCUUAUCAGCUGGAGGAAAUCAUGACGAUCCUGGAACACAAGGUCCCCCCCAGUGAGGCUGACAGGAUGCCCGCUCUUGUUGGAGGUGGUGGGCUCUUUGAGAAGAAGCUGUGGGGACUAAAAGUGCUGCAGGAGCUUUCACAGUGGACCGUGAGGUCCAUUCGCGACCUUCGAGUCAUUUCCUCUCAUCAGACUGGGAUCUCAGCACGUGGAGGCCACUAUAAUGCUAACGACAAGAAAAUGUAGCAGUUACCUCUCUCUCUCUUCCCUGCUUUUCUAAUGGAAUAUACGUAGUCCUCUGAGGCCUCACUUUCCCAUUCCUAAAGUUUUGAAAACCUUUUAAGGCCACAGGCAUUUUCAUGAAGUGGGGUGGACACAUGGACAAGUGGACAUACAGGCUCUUAGUUGGCAGAGGUGGGGGGGCGUUGGGGCCACAAGGAGGCGGGGGCGGGGGCAGCAUUCUUCCACCUCAGUGCUCCAACAUUUUCUACCCACUGAGUAACCUCUGCAGACAUUUAACAGCCUCUCAGAAUAAGUAUAUUGUUAACUCUAGUCCUAGGCAACUCUUCUGAGACGACUUAAUAGUGAACUAAAACUCACGGACUCUUAACCAAUUCAAACUCUUGGAUAAUAAAUUGAUUGAGCAUCUAUAUAUUGAA